AUGCUGGUGAUCAAGUUCAUGAUUCUUGUUAAGGAUAAAACUAACUGCUUUUACAGGGAUAAGAUUCUGUGGAAUUGUGUCACGUGUGACUCAUCGGAAAGUCCGUGGCUAUGUCUGGCUUGUGGCCUAAUUUUCUGUGGUCGAUUCGUGAAUGCUCACGGAUUGAAGCACCACAAUGAGAUGAAAUAUCCUCGUCACUGCGUUCUGAUGCAUUGUCAGACGUAUGAAGUAUUUUGGUACGCUGCUUUUUUUGUUCCAACAGCUUUUUGUAUUAAAAAAGUGGGUAAGGAGAAAAGUAAGGAUUUCACAUUUUCACCUUCAUGCUCACCGUCUCCCGAAUCGAGUACGAACCACGUUAUUGAGAAGCAGCCUCGACAACGUGUUGAAUUGCGGGGGUUGAAGAAUCUCGGAAACACUUUAGAAUAUGAAUCAUACUUUAAAACUGCGCGGAAAUGGACGUAUUCCGUGAAUAUUCCAGACUUUGGUAUAAAGCUAUUUAGCGUGCUGGCUGAAGAACUGCGUAAAGUCCUAAUUCGGCUGGGUGACCUCGAAGGCGACCAGGCGGUUUCGCCAGAUGAAUUCUUCCAGUCAGUUUGGAAGGUGUCUCCGAGAUUUAGGGGAUAUCAUCAACAAGAUGCGCAUGAGUUCCUACGUUGUACUAUGGAUCGUCUCCAUUCCGAAUUGAGAAGAUGUCGACUCCCGGAGUCCGUUACCGUUACCACUUUAUUCGAAGGAUUGUUGCAAAGUCAAGUUGUUUGCCUGACAUGCCACACAGCUAGUAACAAGCAUGAUCCAUUUCUAGACUUGUCAUUGGAUAUAUUCGUUCCCGCACCAAAUGGUAGAGCAAGUAAUGUGAGACUGUCGGAAUGCAUAAAGCGAUUUUUCGCGAAAGAAGAAUUGGAUCAUUGUGAACAAUACAUGUGCAGUAACUGUAAAGACAAACGUCCAUCAACAAAACAGCUCUUCCUCAGAGUUUUGCCAAAUGUUCUGUGUCUUCAUCUAAAACGCUUUCGAUGGUCUCACAUCAGCCGCGGAAAGCUCGAUAAUAUGGUGGACUUUCCCCUGACCUCGCGGGUUACCGAUCAACCAGGAAACUUCACAUUCGAUUUAUCUUCCGUCGUUGUGCACCAUGGAUCUGGAGUAACUUCUGGACACUAUACAACAUAUGGGCAACGAGAUGGUCUUUGGUACCACUUCAAUGACGCCACGGUGAAAGCAUGCUCUGAACAGACGGUGCUUAAGCAGAAAGCCUAUCUCUUAUUCUACACUCGCUCAACACGUUUUAGGUUAUAG